AACGAUGGACUCACGCGAACAUCUACAAUUGGUCCCUGAAGAUGAUUGUCGAUAAAUAUAAAUCUUAUAUAAAACACCAUAUAAUGGCAUCAGACCAGAACAGUGUUAAUACAUAUUCUAUAAACGAUGUACAAGUUGGAUAUAUUUGUCGUUGCAUUACUUUUCAAACUUCUGUGGACUCUGUCAAUUGCUAAGCAGGCAGAUUUCAACUGUACUGGUAUUUAUAAACAUUUUCCUAACGAAGAUGUGUAUGAUCCAGUACAAUUAUUGAAAGAACUUGUUGUGAUAUCGAGUGUCAUCCCAUUGACAAAAUAUCGCCUGUACACCCGUCAAAAUCCAGACAAUUUUCACAACCUUCGACCCGGAGAUGUAGUGACUGUCAGAAGUUCUUAUUAUAAAGGUGACCUUCCAACAAAAUUUAUCGUGCACGGAUUUAGACAAACUGCCGACGAUGAUUGGGUUCAAAUGCUAAAAACUUCAUUACUGAGCUAUGGAGAUUAUAAUAUAAUUAUAGUAGAUUGGAGUGAAGCAGCCAGAGUUCACUUUCCCUAUUCUGUGCUGAAUAUUCAUCGGAUUAGCACGGAAGUCACUUGGAUGAUCAAGUAUUUAAAGGAAGUUACUAGUGGAGAUUUAAAGAAAUUUCAUCUAAUUGGAUCAGAUUUGGGAGCUCAUAUAAACUCAUUUGUGGGGAAACAAAUUAACAAGUUAGGAAGAAUAACUGGAUUAGAUCCUUCUGGUUCUGGUUUUAAGACGUAUCCACCAGAAUUUCGUCUUGAUAAUACUGAUGCAACAUUCGUCGAUGUCAUUCAUACGAACGGUGAAGAAUAUUUUAGAGGUUAUGGUCUUCCUCAAGCUAUAGGUAAUUUUGAUUUCUAUCCUAACGGAGGUGUAAAUCAGCCCGGAUGUUUGGAUAAAAUAGUUGAUGCAGCAAGCAAACGGAAACUACAAAAUGCACAAGCAUUAGCACGUUGUAGCCAUCAUUGGGCCGAGUCUUUAUUUAGCGAUGCAUUAUUAAACCCCACGUGUCAAUAUGUGGGAUAUACUUGCACCGAUUGGGACACAUUCUUAGAUGGAAAGUGUGCCAGUUGCGGAUCGGAUGGAACUGACUGCGCUAUUAUGGGCAUGCAAAGCGACUCCUGUUGCACUGUACCUCACGACGGUAUUCCAAGAAAAUAUUAUUUUAAAACAAAUCCGCAUUGGCCAUAUUGUCUACAUCACUAUCAAGUAUUGGUUAAACUUGGAAAUUUUCCAGCCAGCGAAAGACAAUAUGGUCAGAUUUUUAUUAGAUUGAAAGGUGAAAAGAAUGAAAUGUCAGCACAGUUGAGCAAAAACACAGAAUCAUUUAUACCAGGAGAAUUGUAUACGUAUCUCGUUACAAAUCCUGAAAAUUUGGGUUUCAUAAUUUCUGCUCAUGUAUUUUGGAUUCGCUCAACAUUCAGAGUAUACGAUACCAAAACACCCAGAAUAUCAAUUGAUUACAUUCAAAUAACACCAAUGUCAAUUCUUAAAAGAGAAACUAAUGAUGGUAAAAUUACUAUUUUAUAUGGAAAUGUGAGAGAAGUCAUUCCUCCAGGUUUAGUUCUAAAUAUUACUAGAAGAAUUUAA